UGCUUUGUCAAUGGCCACGUUUGACUCGUCUUUAUUUAGGGUGUUUGAAGAGACAGAGUUGCAAGAAAGGAAAAGAGCUAAAGUAGAUGUUGGAGAUAAUGACAACGAGACAAUCGAAAGUGAAUAUGAUGGAGCCCCUAUAGAGGAGCUUGAAGUUGCGGAUGAUGACGGAGAGUUGAAGUUGCAGGACAACGAAUGUCGUAGUUCUGCGGAGUGCGAAAUGAGGAAUGCGAGUGCAAAACCAAGAGUUUUUUCAGUGGAGACAAUAGAAGUCUGUACACACGAGGUAGCUGUGCCUCCAGAGUCAGAAUACAAGCCUCUUAGCACAAUUAGUGGAAAGCCUGCCAAGGAGUAUCCAUUUAUUUUGGAUCCUUUCCAGAAGGAGGCUUUGAAGUGCCUUGAAAACAACCAGUCAGUAUUGGUGUCCGCACACACAUCAGCUGGCAAGACAGUAGUGGCAGAAUAUGCAAUAGCUGUGUCUCUUCGUGAUCGUCAACGUGUCAUUUACACAACACCCAUCAAGGCUUUGAGCAAUCAGAAAUAUCGUGACUUAAAUGAAGAGUUUAGAGAUGUUGGUCUGAUGACUGGUGAUGUGACUAUCAACCCUUCUGCUAGUUGUAUUGUCAUGACAACAGAAAUCCUAAGAAGUAUGUUAUACCGAGGAUCAGAAGUUAUGAGAGAAGUAGGAUGGGUUGUGUUUGAUGAAUGUCACUACAUGAGAGAUAAAGAACGUGGGGUAGUGUGGGAAGAGACCAUCAUUCUUCUUCCAGAUAAUGUUCAUUAUGUGUUCUUAUCAGCAACAAUACCAAAUGCAAGGCAGUUUGCAGAAUGGGUGUGCUUCCUUCACAAGCAGCCUGUGCAUGUUGUUUAUACUGACAUGCGUCCCGUUCCACUACAACAUUACAUCUACCCAGCUGGUGCAGAUGGUCUCUAUCUUGUUGUUGAUGAAAAGGGAGAGUUUAGAGAAGACAAUUUUCAGACGGCAAUGACAUUAGUGAAAGAUGGAGACGGUGGAAAGGACAAAACAGUAAGACGUGGAGGCACAAAAGGUCCAUCUAAUUGCUAUAAGGUUGUGAAGAUGAUUAUGGAGAGGAACCUGCAGCCAGUCAUAGUCUUCAGUUUUAGUAAAAGAGAGUGCGAGGCGUACGCUUUGCAAAUGUCAAAGUUAGACUUCAACACAGAUGAUGAGAAGUCUCUAGUGGAGGAAGUCUUUGCUAAUGCUGUUGAUGCUCUUUCAGAUGAAGACAAGCAUCUCCCACAGGUGGAGCAUGUUUUGCCUUUGUUAAAAAGAGGAGUGGGCAUACAUCAUUCUGGUUUACUACCAAUACUCAAGGAAGUGAUCGAAAUUUUGUUUGGAGAAGGUCUUAUAAAGGCACUUUUUGCCACUGAAACAUUUUCUCUUGGUCUCAACAUGCCUGCUCGAACUGUUGUGUUCACAAAUCCUAGGAAGUUUGAUGGCAAAUCCUUUCGCUGGGUAACUGGAGGUGAAUAUAUUCAAAUGAGCGGUCGUGCUGGUCGGAGAGGAAUUGAUGAACGUGGAAUUGUGAUGCUGAUGGUGGAUGAAAGGAUGGAACCACCUGUAGGAAAAGCUCUUCUUAAGGGCCACUCUGAUCCUCUCAACAGUGCAUUCCACUUAACUUACGAUAUGGUGUUGAACCUGUUGAGAGUAGAAGAAAUCAAUCCAGAAUAUAUGUUGGAGAGAUCUUUCUACCAAUGGCAGCACGAGGCUGCAAUACCAUCAUUGGAAGAAAAGCUGCAUUUGCUUGAACAUGAGCAAACUGCUAUUGUUAUUAAUGAUGAAAAACAGGCAAUGGCUUAUUAUCGAAUCAGGCAACAAUUGGAGAAACUGAAGAAGGAGUUGCAUGCUUAUAUCACUCGACCUAAAUACUGUUUACCUUUUCUACAACCAGGAAGACUUGUGAGGGUUGUGGAUGGUGACUGUGACUUUGGUUGGGGAUGUGUUGUCAACUUCCAGAAGAAGUCACUGAAGAAGGGAGAGAACAGUCACUAUAUUGCUGAAGUAUUACUGUAUGUUGUCAGUGAACAUGAUCCCAUGAUGGGGAAGAUUCCUAAACCAGCUUAUUCUGGUGACCAAGGAGAAAUGCAGGUAGUUCCUGUGUCUCUUUCACUAUUGACUGCUUUAAGUACAGUCAGACUGUACAUCCCUAAAGAUUUAAGGCCAAAAGAUGCAAGACAAACUGUUUUCAAGUCUAUACAAGAGGUAAAGCGUCGUUUCUCAGGCAACCUCCCUCUUCUUGAUCCAGUGGAAGACAUGAAUAUUAAGGAUAAUGGGUUUAGGAAGACAGUGAGGAAAAUUGAGUCUCUAGAAGAUCGUAUGUUCAACCAUCCCUUGCAUGACAGUCAAGACUUACCAUCUGUGUAUCAGCUUUGUCAGAGAAAGUCACAACUUAUCGCUGAAAUAAAACUGGUCAAGGCUGAAAUCAAGAGAACAAGAAGUGUGCUUAUGUUGGACCAACUCAAAUGCAGAAAGAGGGUUUUAAGGAGACUUGGCUAUGCAACUGCUGCAGACGUUAUUGAGCUGAAAGGCAGGGUAGCAUGUGAAAUCAGCAGUGGUGACUGUUUGGUCUUGGGAGAGAUGAUUUUUAAUGGAACAUUCAAUGACCUUCCUGUAGAGCAAAGUGUCGCUUUGCUGUCAUGUUUUGUGUUUGAGGAAACGGAUGAAAUGAAGUCAAGAUUGUCUGAAGAAUUGGCUGCUCCUCUUCGUGUGAUGAGAGACACAGCAAGACGAAUAGCGCGAGUUUGCAUUGAAGCAAAGAUGGAUGUUGAUGAGGAGCAAUAUGUCCAAUCAUUUAAAACAGGGUUAAUGGAUGUCGUGUAUGCUUGGGCAAAGGGAUCAACAUUUGCUCAGCUGUGUAAAAUGACUGAAGUAUUUGAAGGAAGUAUUAUUCGAUGUAUGCGACGCAUUGAAGAACUGCUAAGAGACUUGUGUCAAGCUUCUAAAGCUAUAGGCAACACAGAGCUAGAGAAUAAGUUUGCUGAAGGUAUAACCAAAAUCAAGAGAGACAUUGCAUUUGCAGCAAGCCUUUAUCUGUGAUCUCACAGUUAUUUCUACCUGUACAUGUAAUUGGAUUAGUUGACAUAUUUACGUAAAUUUGUUUUGUGUGAGAAAAUAGCCUCGCUACUUAUUGCGUGCGAGCUGCAGACUUCCGGAUUUGAUUAUCCGGGACUUUUAAGUCGUUAGUUGUAUUUGGUUAUCCGGGACUUCCAUGUGGUUAGGUUAGAGUUGGCAGUAAAUGGAGGUGAAGCGGUA